CAUGACCAUUAUAUAUAGCAUAGCUUACCAAUUCCGAUUCGAUUACAUGUUGAAGGAUAAGGAAAGAUAUGGAAAGCUCCAACUGCGACGUAAGGCUGUUGAUGGGCGGCGACGUUUCUGCAAUUCCGACAUCAAAAUGGCGGCUAAAGUGGCGUUUGUUUAUCCAUGCAACCGGAAUACUACUUGCCGCCGGACGAACUCAGUCGUCGGAGGACACUAUAGACGCCAGUCCCAGUGAUUUGAUUUUCGACGCAAAUCCAGCUCCACAUAUUGAUCAAAAUGGCAUGGAGCUUCAAGAACUGAACACCAGGCCUCAUCUUGUUAACCAUGAAGUAGAAGAUGAUGAAGUUAAAAAUUCAAGACAGUCUUGGCUUAGAAUCCUUGUACUUGUUCGUUUCAUUGCCAUGGCCAAAAUAGCUGCAAGACCAUCUGCAUCUCCUCCCGCGAGCGAUUAUGUCCAGGCAAGUUGCUAUUUCCUCAUUCCCACAGAUUGGUGCAUAGAUGAUAUAUAAGCAUGGUUGAAAACUUCUACCAUAGGCC